UGACUUCACACUGUGAGGCAUCGUAUACACGGACUGAAGAUCUUCAUGAAGGUCUGACGUUGGGUGUUCGUUCCCUCCACCCUCUCCCCGUCCCACGGCCGGCUGGACCUUUGGAGCAUGGAGCUGAAGGUGUGGGUGGACGGGGUUCAGCGAGUGGUCUGUGGCGUCAGUGAGAAGACCACGUGCCAGGAGGUGGUCAUUGCUCUGGCUCAGGCAAUGGGUCGCACUGGACGCUACAUACUGAAGGAAAAGUGGAGAGACGUAGAAAGGCAUUUGACGCCAGAUGAGAAGCUCUUGCCAUCGCUCAGUAAGUGGGGCCAGCAGGCCAAGGAUGUCCAGCUGAUUCUCAAUCGCACUGGCCCCUCUCUUGGCCUGCGACCCGCUCCAGAGAAGGCCCAAGGGCCCGAGAGAAACAUCCACCGCCAGAGUCUCCCGACGCUGGCACAGCUGUGGAAUAAAAGCGACAGACGCAGCCACUUGAAAGAAGCCAAGAGAAAGUCCCUGAACUUUGCUGAAGGGGCCCGGGAGUGGCUGGAGUCCUUCGGGAAGGGCAAGGAGGCCAAGGCCAACAUCAAAGAUGCGGAGACUGGGAAGGAGGCCUCAGGUGUUGCUCAGUCCCCUAGAGAGGACUUGAAUCAGCUGCUCCACGAUCAAAAGGAGAAGCUGCAGAGCCUCCAAGCUGAGCUAGAGUCGACUGAGGCGGAGAUCAGGCAACUGGCGGAGGAGGAUGGCCAUCCCGAGGUGAACAAGCAGAUCAUCAGCCUCCAGGAUCUGGUCGGCACGAAGAACACCGAGGCAGAGGAAGUGGAGUUCUGGGAGAACGAGCUAAAAGCUGAGCAGCUCCAUGGGGAAGAGCUGAAGGAGCAGAUGGAGGAGGUGAGGAUGAAGCUGGCGGAAUGCGAGGAGAAACUGAGGCACUGCCUGCUGGAGGCGCAGGUCCUGGAGGCCGGCACUCAGGCUGCCCAGUCCCAGAGGGAACGGCAACAGGUCAAAUCCAGCCCUGGCCUGAGGGACAAGGUUGUUAAAGCGAAGGAGGAGAUAACGGCAAAAUGCCAGGAGGCCGAUCAGCUGGAGGAGAACUCGAGGCUGGUGGAGGCGGCCAUUGGGAAGGUGGAAGAUGUAAUUCAGAGGAAACACUGUGAACUGGAAGAUCUGACCAAAGAGCUCCGCCAGGCAAACCUCCUCCAGUUCAUUCAGCGGACAGGCACUAAGAUCAGCAUCCUCCCUGCACAGGAGGGAUGUACUGAGGUCAUAGAUCCUCAUUUCCAUCUUGACUCCCUCAAGCGUGACAUGCUUCCUGCCAAAACCAAGGAUCUUCAGAGCUCAUUGAUCUCCACUUUUAACCAAGAAGGGAUUUAUGUAUAACUCUUUCAUCUUACAAUGAUUUUGAUUCUUUUACGUACAGCAGGGGGUCACUCCAACAUGCAUGCCUUGUUCUAACAGCUUUAGCUCUGAUGAUGUUAAUUGGUGUUAGAUAAGAAUACAUCAUUGAAGCUCUGAAGGUUUGAGAAAGGGACUUGCUUUCGUCUGAGUAUGAAAUGCGCUUCAAGGCUCGCAUCACAAGAAGGCAACCUGUAUCCUGUUGUAUCAUGGAUUUUGAUCUGGGACGUAGAUUUGCAACUGAAAUUCUGACAAUAACAGCAUAUACAUAGAUAGAUAUAUAGAUAUGAUGAUGAAAAUGAUGCUGAACAUAGCAUGUAUAU